AUGAAGAAGAGAUGCGUUUGUUGGAGGCGUUCGUGUGCGCAACAGAGGAUAAUUUAUGUUGAACCUUUCGUUGAAAUAACUACCCGGUAUUUUUCUUGCAGGGAGUUCUUAACGAAGCACUAUGCUACAUUGAAGCGUGCCAAUCCGCAGUUAAAGUUUAUGGUACGUGAGGCCGAAAGUGUGUCUCCAAAGGUCUGCGCUCGAUUCGAAUACGGAAAAGAGGCAGUAGUCUCUCUGGUGGACAACACUGCAGACGAAGUUCUUGAAAAAAUUCGAGAAUUGAGCCGCUAUUGA